CCCAAUGGGGGGGGUGGGUGGGCUGCUGGCGUUUGGCCCAUCCCUCGCAGCUCCGCCGAUGGGUCCCGGGUCCUACCCGCCACCGUCCCCCGGCCGCCAAUGAGCACGUACCUGUCAACGGAGCUCCUGCAGGGUAAGGACUGGCUUUGCUCUCAUCGCUCACCUACGUUCGUCGGAAGCGGCGCGAUCGGGAGCCUCCUUCCAGCGACAGAGCAUCUUCUCCGUCACCUCGUAACGAUGCCCACUCCGACAACUAAACUUACCCGUGUGAGAGACGCCUCUGCCGACGACGCCCUCCUAAGGGAGCUUCGCUCCCGUCGCAAUCUGACGGUGCGCGACACGGGCAAAACAUCGUUGUCAAAGGCCAAAGGUGGCGAAGCCCGAGAGCAAAAAGAGCCGCGACCCUCGGCAUCUCCCCAGCACGGCUACCGCCCCACCCUGAAAACUCACGGCUUGCGGGGCAGGCCGUGUUCCCCACUGCCCAGGGGAUGCCCCAUCUUUCUGCCCCAUCAACCAGGACAAAACGUUCAACAAGCUCCCCUCCUAACAUGGGACUUGCACCUUGCUGGCUCAGACACAACCCAGAUGAUGGGCAUCGCCUGUGGGUGCCCGGUCUCCUUGUCGCCACGUGCCGCCGACGGAGCUGCUGAGCAGAUGACGGUCCCCGUUUCCCUAGGGAAAUCCCAACACCGGCGUUCCUCGGCCAUACAUUCCCAGAAUGGUAAGGCCGCCGGGGGCACCCAGGGCGACCGUGGGGGAGUGGGGGCUGCCAGACUAGCCCAGACCCAACAGAGUCUCCCUUCUGAUGUGCGAAUGAAAAGCCCGGUCCUGAGAGGUUUAUCCCCGAAACCCAUGACAAACCGCCCUGCCACCGGCGGCGGGCACUCGUGCGCAGCACACGGCAAAGUUGACGGCUCCGGUCCCAGCACCGCUACAAGCUGCUGCAACUUCAUGCGCCGCAGAGGCCUCUGCUGUCCCCCUCGAGGACCCUGGCUGAAAGGCACUGGUAAGUGACGCUCACUUCAUCCACGGGUGCAUCCCGCCACCGUCCAGUCCUCGCUAACGCUUCCCAUGCCAGUUCCGCUCGGCAUCUGGCGAUGGACCCACCUCCGCUCGAGAGAAACACCUACAUACGCCUCGUCCACAUCGUCCCUUUUCAUACCAUCACCGAGCGCCAGGGAGGGGACAAGGCCCGUUCCAGCCGCGAGCCCGGCCACGGGGUGCCUGCUGGCUCCCUUACCGGUCCGGGGAGGAUUUGCUCCGCAGCCCUGCUGACGCCUGACCCACGCCCAAGGAUGACAACUUUGGCCACUACAUCCAGAGGGCUGGAGGGCAUGUUUCAGGCCAUGAUCUCUGUCCCUCCCUGCCACUGAGAGACACCCGUAUGUACUUCAAUAAAUUACUACAUAAAUGCAUCCAUUGAGCAGCGUCGCUCUCAGCCGUCAAACCCUGCCAUCGGAUGCUCCAUGACCUCUCACCUAGAGCACCAAAAAAUUUCCAACAGAGAGAGGGCGAGGGCAACGGCCCCCCCCCUUAGCUUCCAUAUGCCGUCCCACCCUUGACCCAUGCCCAGCAGUCCCGUCCCUCACAUAGGAUGUUCUACGAAGCCUUGGAGCUCGGCUCUUCCCUCGCCCUGUGCCGGCGUCGCUCGGCCGCUGCGUCUCGCACCGCCAGGCGACUCCUUACCGUCCGUUUUGCGCUCUCCCCAUUCUCCGUGCUUGUUGCUCCGUUGAUGCAAAUUCAUCGUAGGGUCAAGAAAUAAAAAAAACCCUGCAAAACAGUCCCGCCAUCGCUAACCAUCGUAGCGAUGUAGCUAACCAUUUGUAGCUUCCGAUCCUACAAAAACGUGCCGGCGGCUCAAAGAAGCCGGCGCCCCAGAGGCCACGGUCAAGGCCGAGGAAUAUAUCCGCUAAGUAAGCUGCUGCACACCAGCAAAGAAAUCAAGAUGCCGGCCGAGACGAGACCGACGUGGCCCACCUACGCCCAAACUCCGGCUUUGCACAGGGGUGCCCGGCUUCCUAUGCCUGCCUCGCAUCGCUGCGUCUCUCCUUCCCGCGGGACUCGCCGUGAGCAUCCCCCGCGACGUUGCGUUACCGGGGCGGAGGGCUACACGGAAAGCCUUUGGGGCCCCGGGGCAGGAUCCUGCGUGGGGGGAAUAGGGUGGAGUGGCACCCCAACACCCUCCCCAUCUACUCACCAAAGCCUUACCUGCAUCCCCGUCGGGCUUGCCGGCGAGGUCCGGGCGCCAUCCCUCCGACAUCGUCCCGGCCCGUUAACAACAAUUCGGUGUUCCCACCCGGAGUCCCUCCCCCGGUGUCCCUCCCGGUCCCCGGCGGCGCGGGGGGAGAGUGCGGGGUGGCCCCGGCGGCAAUGAGCACCACAACCAGACGGAGCGGCCACAUGGAACAAUCGUUUUAAUGGAUAGGCAGAGAGAGCCCCCUCGCCGCCCGCCCGCCCGCACCCGGGCCCCCCAGCGUGCCCCCCGCCGUUGGCCGCGGGGAAGGAAAGGAAACCAAGGGAGGAAAACCGACCGCAGGGGAGACGCCCGCCGAAACGUAUGGCGAGUCGACCGGUCCCGCAUUUCGGCUGACAGCUUGGCCACGGGAGGAGCGGCCAGGUGCCGAUCGCUUCGCCUUCUUUUCCUUAUUUCUUUUUGUUUUGGUUUGGUUUUUUUAUAUAUAUAUAUACACACACACGCGCACACACACACACGUAUACAUACAUAUAUAUAUAUAUAUAUAAAAAAAUAUAAAACGGAGCUAUAUAGAUCUCCCUCUGUCCCUCGGUUCGUUUUAUUCCACCGCGAAGGGGCCGGGGCCGCACGGCGAAAGGCGACGGUGAGGGGCCCCGGUCCCCCGCGGGCCUUCGUCCCCACCGCGCCGGUGACCCGAAGGCGGAAAGGCGAGGGGGUUUGGGGACGCGUGGACCAAGACGCUCGCCUCGUCUUGUCGAGGACCGAUACACACCUAACUCCAUAUACAGCAUGCAGUAAUGGCAGCGGAAGGACCCUGCUGGGAACCGUGGCUAGAACGCUAACAACAAAAAAAAAAUUAUAUAUAUAUAUAUGUAUAUUUAUAUAUACUGUAUAUAUAUAUCCCAUAAAAAGAUUCAGCGUCUCCCUCCGCCUCGACGCGCGGCCAGCGUCGCCCGCGCCCUCAGCAGGAACUGUUCGGACGACCGCUUUUUAGGCCGGUUUUGGGGGGGGGUUCGGCGCGGGAUUCCUCCUCCUCCAUGCCGACUCGCCGGGUUCACAAACCUCCUCGGCCAGUCGCCUCCUGGGCUGAGCGGCGCUCGGCGAACCGACUUCUUCUCUCUGCUGGCUCCCCCUCUCUUUUCUGGGUUUGUUUUUUUUUCUCUCCCCCCCCCCCCCCCCCCCUUCUUUUUUGCAUUUCUGUUGUUUAGGAACUAAGAGUUCUAGGUUCAUACCAGAAAAUACAAUUAAUAAAAUUAACCAUGACUCA